AUGGAAUCAAACGGUACACAUUCUCAUAAACGAAAAUUAGUCGCUGAAAUCAGUUCAUCUAUCGAUCAAGAUCAAACUUUGAGAUAUCAAGAACUUGAAACGCAUGUCAAAAAUAUUUUUGAAGAACUUCAAAUAAUCAAAAAUGAAAAUCGAACUCUGAAAUCACAGAUUGAUAAACUUCAACAACGCUAUGAUCAACUAGCAUCACAAAAUCAGAAAGAAAAUUCCGAACGGAAUCAAUAUUCUCACAAAAUACAUUCUGAGAAUUCUGAAUACGACACAUUGGUCAAACAAUUUGAAGAACGUUGUGAUUUAGUUGAAUCAAGCAAUCAAACUCUCACGGAAAGACUCGAUAGUUGUCAGCAAACAUUUGAAAAUCAACUCACCAAUCUUCAACAACAAUUGAAUAACUUUGGAAUUCAAGAUACGAAGUCUAUUCAACAACAAUCUGUAGACAAGGAAAUGUCUUCAUUUGAUGAAAACAAUGAUGGUAGUGCGAUUAUUGAAGAAGCUCUGUGCACACCUUGUGAAUCACAAAUUUUAUUAUCCACUGAUGAAAUUCAAUAUGGAUUAUUCGAUAUUUGUGAGAAGUAUAAGGUUAUUGUCUUGAAAGAGAAAGAUAAAUUAAAAUUAUUUGACUAUUAUGAACAAACAGAUGAACGUUCAUGGGGAGAAGUUGGAAAUACAAAUUUUGCCACGUGCAUUCAUUGGUGUUCGUUUCUUGAUAAAUUCUUAAUUCUAUACAGAUUUGGUUUAUAUAGCUNAUUAUCCACUGAUGAAAUUCAAUAUGGAUUAUUCGAUAUUUGUGAGAAGUAUAAGGUUAUUGUCUUGAAAGAGAAAGAUAAAUUAAAAUUAUUUGACUAUUAUGAACAAACAGAUGAACGUUCAUGGGGAGAAGUUGGAAAUAAAAAUUUUGCCACGUGCAUUCAUUGGUGUUCGUUUCUUGAUAAAUUCUUAAUUCUAUACAGAUUUGGUUUAUAUAGCUUAUCAUUAAAAGAGAAUCGGAAAACUUCACAAAUGAAUUUUGAUGAAUUAAGUCAUAUAAAGUAUAUAAAAGUUCAUCCUCUGAAAGGUGAUACACCAAUUAGAGGAAAUAGUUUUGUUGAAUUAUUACGUUAUAUAACAUCAUCACCGAAUUUACCUGAUUAUUUAUAUUUGAAUCGUGGCUAUCGUCGAAUUGAAUUAAUUAAUACAAGUUCAUGGAAAAUCAAACGCGGUUGGUCAAAACAAGAUUUGAAUUAUGAUGAUCAACAUGAAUUGAAAUUAAUAACACUUAGUUUCGAUGGAAAUUGUUUAGUAAUGAAUGUGAAAUGGAAUGAUUGUGAACGAUUUAUUGAUUUAAGAAAACAUGAUGGGCAAUUAAUUUUAAUCAAAAGAAUUCGAAUGGAAAAUGAAUCAUCAGCGUUACUUCAUCGAAUACAAAUUCCAUUUGAACAAGAUUUUUGGUUAAUUAUUGAUGAUAAUAGAAAUCAACUUUAUAAAGUAUCCAUUGAUCCAAAUGAUGAAAGAAUUGUACCAAUAAAAACAAAUCAGAUUAAAGCAAUUCAAAAUGUUCCUUCUCAUUUUCGAUUUAUUCCUAAUCAAAAAUAUUUACUCGUUGGCGCUGUCAUUGGGAAUAGCACACAAAAACAAGGUGUAUUCAAAUUUUUUAGAUUGCCUCAUUCAUCCUCAACACAGAAUCAGAAAUCGAACUGA